AUGACGCCACCCGCGCGUUUCCGGCCUGAGAAAAACGUCGCGUUUCUGAGGAGACGCCUCGUCUGGCAGUUACCACCGCGCUAGAAGCCUCCCGACCGGCCGCCUGCAUCACCAGCGUCACCAUGGGGGCUGUGCUGGGCGUCUUCUCCCUCGCCAGCUGGGUUCCCUGCCUUUGCAGCGGUGCAUCAUGUCUGCUGUGUAGCUGCUGCCCCAAUAGUAAGAAUUCCACAGUGACUCGCCUCAUCUAUGCUUUCAUUCUCUUCCUGGGCGCUGCUGUAUCCUGUAUCAUGCUGACAGAAGGGAUGGAAUCACAGCUGAAGAAGAUACCUGGAUUCUGUGAAGGGGGAUUUAAAAUCAAUGUGGCUGAUAGAAAAGUGGAUAAAGAUUGUGAUGUUCUGGUCGGUUAUAAAGCUGUGUAUCGGAUCAACUUUGCCUUGGCCAUCUUUUUCUUUGUCUUCUCUCUGCUCAUGUUAAAAGUAAAAACAAGUAAAGAUCCCAGAGCAGCUGUACACAAUGGGUUUUGGUUCUUCAAAAUUGCUGCCAUUGUUGGUAUCAUGGUUGGCUCUUUCUACAUCCCUGGGGGCCAUUUCACCACAGCUUGGUUCAUUGUGGGCAUGGCCGGGGCCUUUUUGUUCAUCCUCAUCCAGCUAGUGCUGCUGGUCGACUUCGCUCACUCUUGCAAUGAGUCAUGGGUAAAUCGAAUGGAAGAAGGAAAUCCAAGGUGCUGGUAUGCUGCUUUGCUGUCUGUCACCAGCAUCUGCUACAUUCUGUCUGUCGUCUUUGCCGGCUUACUCUACACUUACUACACCAGACCGGACGGCUGCGCAGAGAACAAGUUCUUCAUCAGUAUUAAUUUGAUCCUUUGCUUUGUGGUUUCUAUUAUAUCCAUCCAUCCAAAAAUUCAGGAACACAGGCCUCAGUCUGGUCUCCUGCAGUCCUCUGUCAUCACCCUCUACACCAUGUACCUCACCUGGUCAGCCAUGACCAAUGAACCCGAUCGUUCCUGCAACCCUGGCCUGUGGAGCAUCGUCACGCACAUGACGGCGCCAACCUUGGCUCCUGGGAAUUCAACUGCUGUGGUCCCUACCCCUGCUCCACCCGAAAAGAAUGGGCAUUUCUUAGAUGCAGAGACGUUCAUUGGGCUGACAGGCUUUGUUCUCUGCCUUUUGUAUUCUAGCAUCCGUACUUCCAACAACAGCCAAGUGAGUAAGCUGACUUUGUCAGGAAGUGACAGCGUGAUCCUCCGUGAUACAGCUGCCAGUGGCGGCAGCGAUGAAGAAGAGGGACAGCCUCGGCGGGUUGUGGACAACGAGAAGGAAGGAGUGCAGUACAGCUACUUCUUGUUCCACUUCAUGCUCUGCCUGGCUUCCUUGUACAUCAUGAUGACCCUGACCAGCUGGUACAGCCCUGAUGCAGAGUUCCAGAGCAUGACCAGCAAGUGGCCAGCUGUGUGGGUCAAGAUCAGCUCCAGCUGGGUCUGCCUUCUCCUCUAUGUCUGGACCCUUGUGGCUCCACUCAUCCUCACCAGUCGUGACUUCAGCUGAACCUCUGCGAAUUCAUAAAGGUCUGCUUUGCUGAAAGCCCUUACCUGUUUUACUUUUGCUUCAACUAAAAUAUUAAGUGAAUACUUUGCAAAUUUGACUGUAUCCAAGUUUAUAUCAGAGAGCAAGAUUAAGUAAUGCUUGACGCAGGAUCUGAACUUUUCAUUUAUAUGUAUAUUAUGUUUAUUUGUAAGGAUAUAGCGCAAAGGGAACAUUUUGCGUUUUAAAAUGAACUACAGCUGUGCUGUGAAGAGACUUCUUUAUUAAGAUCUGUAGGAUCCUACAACUUUGAUUUAAAAUGUAAGAGAAAUGUUGGAUAUUUGAGGCCAAUCGUUAAUAUAUUUCUAUUGCAGUCUCCUUAAAAAGCAAACAAAACAAAAAAACCCCCCCACCAUUUUCAUGACAGGCUUCCUCUGUGAAAGUGUUUACUUGUGUGAUGCGAGCAAGCGGCGUGUUCAGUCCUUCGUCCCUCAUGAAGUGUAGCAUCGGAGUAUGGGGUGGGGGGCAGGGGCGGGUUGCGUGCCGCUGGCUUCUUCCCCAGAAGAGCAGAGUGGCUGAUCGGGCUACAGCUUCUACAGCUUGAGUUGGUCCUUCCGGUGUUUGACACUACAGCAGUGAUGCCACGCAGUCCCCGCUUUGCCAUAAGCGCUUUUGUAGGUUUGGCGAAAAUGAAAAGUCACUUGGGAAAACAGUGCCACUUUGGUCUAUGUCGUUCUCUUGUUAAUGAGUAUGUAAAAGCAAAAUGCAUGUGAAUUUAUUAUAUUUGCACUAUAAAGGUAUUUGAUUAAAACAGAGACUUAAGCUUUGAAGACCCUUUCUUUUACAGCUUUUAUGAGUUAGUAGCCAUUCUAUGAUUUUUAGACAUUCAUGGGCAGUCAGGUUUAUCAGGGAUCGAGCAGAAUGUGCCUGUCUCUUCUAAAACUUGAGGUCUGGCUAGUAAGUAAAGUCUGGAACUCAUCCCAAAAUUGUACUCCUAAUACCUUGCCUGGGGAAGACACUUGCGUAUAUGAAACACAAGGCAGGCACUGUCAGGAAACUUUGUCAAGAGAGGGUAGUCCACAAGGAUGUCGACUAGAAUAGUUCGUUCUCUGAGCACCAUUUAUAGAGUGUCUGCUCUGCACCCGGCGCUGUCAGGUUCGGGGCUCCAACGUUAAACACAAGAUACCAGCUCUGCCAUCUUGGACUUAGAGUUUAGAGGAGGGUGAAGAUGAGCGGACAGGUGUACAGCCCGGUGUGGUGAGUGCUGGGAUUGGGGAAUUGAGAGAACUUAAAGGAGAGUUGCCUGGGGUUGGGCUGGGGAAGUUGUCCUGGUAGGCUUCCUGGAAAAAGUGGAAUUGGAGGCCGGGAAUUAUUAGGAGUUUUCCGAGAGAGAAAUGGGGCAGAGGGCUGGCAUUGCUACAGGGUAGACAGAGCUUCACGUUAAAGGAAGGGGAUGCAGACUUGUUCGGGAAAGCUGGGAUAGGGAGAAGAGGGCAGGACUGGGUCAUGAAGGGCUUCGCAAACCACAGCGAAGUUUGAACCCUAGUUGAGAGCAGCAGGGAGCAUAUUGAUGGUGACGUGAACACACGGUCUUCAGUCACUGCAGCAGACACGGAGAGAGGGCGUUGAGAGAGGAGACCAGGGCAGGCCAUACCCCGCUUCAAACAGCAAAGUGGAAGUGAGGAUGGGGAGAAACUGACAGCUGAGAGCUACUUAGUAAUUAAAAUUUUAAAACUGGCAAUUGAUUAGCUGUAGAGGAGAGGCCGAUUCCUGAGUGAUGCUGGCUUAAUCACCUGAGUUGAUGGGGCUUCUGUUUAUAUGGUGAGAGACAGAAAGAGAAACACAUUGUGCCAGCAGGAUGGAGUUGGUCCCUUAAGAAUGGCGGAGAACAUGGUCUUGGAAGUCAGACCCGGUUUGUAGCCAGCAUUGCUUUUUCUGUCUGUUAACUGGUCGGCUAAUAUUUAUUGAGUACAUACUGUGCCUUAUGAUCUUGGGCAAAUGAUUGUGUGACCAUCUGUCUGAGCCUCAGUGUUUGCCUUGUUUGAAUAAAAGCUAGUACCUAGUACAUGUUAUUGUUUAAAGAGUUAAGUUACUUUGCAAAGUGCUUAACUCAUUUUAAACACUCUGGUGGCAGCUGCUAAUCUCACUAUGGGUUAAAAUGACACUAGACAGUAUUCAGAGGUCAGAGAUGUUCAGCCACAGUCCGAUGGAGGCUAGAUUUGAGGUGUUCAUACAGAAUUAAACAGAUGGGACACAGAGGGGACAGUCUCAGUUGGGAUGGAGGUGGGUGGGGUAGGGAAGCAGGGUUUGAUAGGAAUCAUUGGAACCACCUGUUUUAAACCAGCAUUAUAUCAAGGUACAGAGAUAAAGUUGCAAGGGAGUUGCAAGUGGGAGAGGCUUAGCCCCUUACUUUGCCAGCGUAAAGCAGAUACCCCCCACUUUCCUUAAUGGCAGGGUAGCCAGAU